UUCAUGCGUAGUUGAAGCUGUGGAACAAAAAAGGGCCAUCAAACUGCGGCUACAUAGUUGUUGUUUUUGACAGGCACCUUUUAGGACCAACUUAUACGUGACGUAUGGCCGAGUGGUCCUUCGGGCGUCUCCGUUGCAUAGAAACCAAAGCCGAGGGAAGCAUACAUGCAAACCUAAUUCUAAGCUAGAUAGCUUGUAACGAUUUGACGCGUUUUCCUCUGUAUUACUUACACUUAAAUUUGCCGAUAUUUGAAUGCUGGUAGUCGUCUUAAGUCUAUUCACAAAAUUAUCCACCUCGCUAGCCAACUAUUAACAGUUAUUACAUUUGAAUGGGGCGAGUGCGAUGCAAAUGUUAAGUUAACGUUAUAGGUACUGAUGAGUCUUCGGUAUGAUUUAAUACGAUGAAUGACCAUUUCUCUGAUCAUACAAUGUCCACCAACAAAAGAGUUGGCCAUACAUGGACGAAGAACAAGUCAAUUCAGCGCUAUCACUCAUAAACAGUCCGAUGUGACUCUUCGUUAGCUUACCAGAGGGAAGCUAAGUUGGCAGCACAACGAGUCAGGAUCCUGAACAUUGAAACCUUGGACCAUUUCUGUGUCAACACUCCCUUCAUUGAAGUGAGGGCACCAUGGCCGGGGACGCCAGCAGCAUCCCUGAACUGGACCAGGACAAAUAUGACUCUGACGAGCAAGUCAAGAUCAUUUGUUUAGGAGACAGUGCUGUUGGCAAAUCAAAGCUGAUGGAGAGGUUUCUCAUGGACGAAUAUCGCCCCCAGCAGGUGUCUACUUAUGCUCUGACUCUCUACAAGUACCUGACUACUGUAGAGGACAAGUCUGUCGUGGUUGACUUCUGGGACACGGCCGGCCAGGAGAGGUUCCUGAGCAUGCAUCCGUCAUAUUACCAUAAAGCACACGCUUGUAUCAUGGUCUUUGAUGUCCAGAGAAAGGUCACGUAUAAGAACCUCACCAGCUGGUACAAGGAGCUGAGAGAGUUCAGGCCGGAGAUUCCUUGUUGUGUGGUAGCCAACAAAAUCGACGCUGACCUGAAGGUGACCCAAAAGAGCUUUAACUUCGGCAAGAAGCAGGGACUCCCCUUCUACUUUGUGUCUGCAGCCAACGGAACGAAUGUAGUGAAGAUGUUCAGAGAAAUGAUCAAGAGAGCCGUGGACUACAAACAGAACCCCAGCGACUUCAUGGAUGAAGUCAUGCAGGAACUCGAGGCUUUCAGAACUUUGAGCUGGAGAAAGAAGAAGGCCCAUCUUGUGGGGCGGUGAAGUCGGCCAGCCCCGCCCCGGCCCCAGCGGAGGAUGACCUGUAGCCCUCUGAAGCCCUCUCUGGGGGCCGACCGGCAUGCAUGGAGCACGCCUGGAGCACGCUGACCGCAGCAGGAGCGCUGUCCCUUACCUGGAUGUUCAUUUACAACUGUGACAGUUUCAUCUCAACGCUGCCGUGAAGACAAUUCUUUGUGUCUCUUAGUGACCCCCCCCCUGGCCUGUAGCUGCAAUGCUCAGUGAGUGUUUCCCUCCUGCUGCUCUUCUUUAAGGAUGUUGACCAAGGUUGUGUCGUCGUCAUGUAGACCUCAUAUUCUUUGUGUAACAUGCGAUAUAUUUACAUUAAGACCAGUGCAUUUGUAUAUAUCACAAUACCGAUUCAAUGUUUAUCUGGUUGUUUGUGUACUGUAAUGGAAAUGUGAAGUUUGGAGAUGUGUUUAGUGCCCUGCGCACACACACAAAGCAAACCGUGCCUGGGGUCGGACCACUACUCCUCACAGGCGCUCCUGAUGCGGGAGUGAUGCGUGCAGUUAUUCUAGGGAUCCAUGGGUUUAGCUGCUGUUGUUAAAGUAUGACUUUUGAUUGACCAUAUAUAAUAAAAACAGGUGUAUAUAAUG